UUCGGGAGAGCGCGUCCGACCAGAGCCCGGAGCGGGAAGGGCUUUGUCUGUGGCCUUCCAUGCAUAGGUAUUUUGGAAUUCUGUAUCCAGCUCUGAGCCUCAGCGGAGGUCACUGCUGUCAGUUCUUCGUCCCGCGUGCCAGGCGCAGAGCUAAGUGGCAGGGGGCAGGGGAGGCGUAUUAGAAACCAAUUGGCUUCCUACCCCUCGGGAUCUUACCGUCUACAAUUAGACCCAGUCACGUUUUAUUGCGGAGGAUUAUGAAAAAUCUCCAUGGAGGAAGUAGCAAAUGGGCAGGAUUUCAGUUGGCGAGAAUAAAUUAGAAUAGGCUUCCGAAUCGAGAGAACUAACUGCUUGAGCCAAGAGGCGGGAGGUGGUUCGCAUAUUUGUUCAACAGUUUAGGAGCUAAGCCAUGAAAGGUAGGUAGGUGGGGGGCUUUGACUACCAGGCAGAGUUUUUACCUAAUUCAGGGGCCUUUUGAGAGGUGUUGGGAGUAGGGAGAGAAAUAGGAUUGAAACUGAUAUUUAUGAAGAAAGACCUGGACCCCUGUGUAGCAGUUUAGUGAAGCAGGAGAUGGAGAACGCCGCCCCCCCCCCAUUAAGGUUUUGAAAUUGCCUCAGGGCCUAUAAGGUUGUUUCCCUUUCAAGAUGCCGCUUUCAGACUUUGUCCUGACCUUGAAGGACAAUCCCUACUUUGGGGCUGGAUUUGGGCUGGUGGGUGUAGGUACCGCCCUGGCCCUGGCCCGGAAGGGUGCCCAACUGGGCCUGGUGGCAUUCCGGCGCCAUUACAUGAUCACACUGGAAGUCCCUGCUCGAGACAGGAGCUAUGCCUGGUUGCUUAGCUGGCUCACCCGCCACAGUACCCGUACUCAGCACCUCAGCGUUGAGACCUCAUACCUUCAACAUGAGAGUGGUCGCAUCUCUACUAAGUUCGAAUUUGUCCCCAGCCCAGGAAACCACUUUAUCUGGUAUCAGGGGAAAUGGAUCCGAGUAGAAAGAAGUCGAGAGAUGCAGAUGAUAGACCUGCAGACGGGUACUCCUUGGGAGUCUGUCACCUUCACAGCUCUGGGCACUGACCGCAAGGUUUUCUUCAACAUCCUGGAGGAAGCUCGAGCGCUGGCCUUGCAGCAGGAAGAGGGGAAGACAGUGAUGUACACAGCCGUGGGCUCUGAGUGGCGCCCCUUUGGAUAUCCACGCCGCCGCCGGCCUCUGAAUUCGGUGGUUCUAGAGCAGGGUCUGGCUGACCGGAUUAUCAGAGAUGUCCGGGAAUUCAUUGAUAACCCCAAGUGGUACAUUGACAGAGGCAUUCCCUACAGACGUGGCUAUCUGCUGUAUGGGCCCCCUGGUUGUGGAAAGAGCAGUUUUAUCACAGCCCUGGCUGGGGAGCUGGAGCACAGUAUAUGCCUGCUGAGUCUCACAGACUCCAGCCUCUCUGAUGACCGGCUCAACCACCUGCUGAGUGCGGCCCCACAGCAGAGCCUGGUGCUCCUAGAGGAUGUGGAUGCUGCCUUUCUCAGUCGAGACCUGGCUGUGCAGGACCCAGUAAAGUACCAAGGUCUAGGUCGUCUCACCUUCAGUGGACUGCUCAAUGCCUUGGAUGGUGUGGCUUCCACUGAGGCCCGCAUCGUGUUCAUGACUACCAACCACGUUGACAGACUGGACCCUGCCCUGAUACGCCCAGGGAGAGUAGACCUGAAGGAGUACGUGGGCUACUGCUCAUACUGGCAGCUGACUCAGAUGUUCCAGAGAUUCUAUCCAGGCCAAGCACCUUCAUUAGCGGAGGACUUUGCAGAAUGUGUCCUUCAAGCUACAACUCAGAUUAGUCCUGCCCAUAUACAGGGCUACUUCAUGCUGUAUAAAAAUGACCCGACAGGGGCAAUUCAAAAUGCUGAGUCCCUGAGGAGGUGACGAUGAGGCUGUGCUCAGCUGUCCUCUAGGGGAGCAAUAAACACCUGCCGCACUG